UAGAAAACCAGAAUAAGUACAUUGCUGAUCACAAAGAUUUCUGUAAAAGUACAUAUGUUUUAUCAAUAGAUCGUAUAGGUACUAGUUUUGCUUUAGGAAUUUAGCAAACUUGCUACUGUAUUUAUAAUUGAAAAUAUGUUGAGAAUUGUUUGCAAAUAAAAUAAAAUUGUUAUUAUUAACGCGCUCGAAAUUUUAAUGCUGCGGGCCGACGAGAACGAUAAACAUACUAGAUGGCUAGUAACACACGUCGUUGUCUGGGAGAUUUUCUCGGAGAUCGGUUUCUGUGUUGGAAGAUUUGAAUUUAGCUCAUUACCAAUUCUCGAUUGAAUCCUGACGUACACGCACAUACUAUCUUCGUUCAAAAAAUAAAUUAUGGCAACAAAUUAUAAUAACAUCGACCGCUCCGCGGUAAACAUAAUAUUACUGGAAAUGUUAGAAGAAAUUAUGGUCAACAAAAUGGAAGGAACCUACGCCGACGAAACCGACGAACGUCUCGUGCGAUUAGCCGCUCCUCUUUUAUCUGCCAUUGAUACGGUCCCCACUACAGCAUGUGGCGACGUUCAGACCCCGGAGUCGGAGUCGGAGUCGACUCUUGGAGGCGCAGAUGGAGAAGAGUCGGCCGAAAACAUCGAGACGCCUGUCUCCUCGCACCGUGAUGGAGUGCCGAGCGGCGACGCGCUGCCUCUUGCAGCACCGCUCGGCAACGACUUCACGGUACGAGAGGACAAAAAUUCGAAAGUUUCGGAAGCGAAAGUAGAAGAGAAUUCCGUUUUAUGUCCAGAAGUCGAGUCGGAGGAAAAAAUCGAGCCGGUCAGGGGAGAGGCUGUAUUAAAUCAUUUUGGCGAGCUUGUCGGUUGGUUAGACCCGGCGGCGGAAGCACCCGCAAUCUGUGACCCGCCUCGUACGAGGUGGAUGAGCGUUAAACGCUUUUUCCGCGGGCUGUGCUGUUUCUGCCAAUGAUGAGACGUCCGAAGCUUGCCCCCCCUGGGCGAAGACAACGGACAGGAUGACGGCG